AUGGAGAUGCAGAUGAAUGACGCUCCUCAAAUUGGGACCACAGCCUUCAGUGCAAAACGGAAGCUCUUUCAUAGGAUUCCUGAUCCUUCUAACAGCUCCUUGUCCCGCUGGAACCCUCAAGCUACCUGUGAGGGUAAGAAGUUGGUUGUGGAGCAAGAGAAGCCUGAAGUUAGCUUUCCUGAAGUCAUCGUGCUUGAUAAGCUGCAAGAUCUAGAGAGGACGCACAGCUAUGUACAGAUCUGUAAUCCUCAGAUCCUCCCUUACCUGCAUUCCUCUUUACCCCCCACCAUAGCAUCAGCUAAAGGCUACAUCACAAACAUGGCCAAGACCCCAUCUGCUAACGAUCUCGCCACCAGCCCCUGCAUCUACUCUAAUGUCCUCUGCAACCAGCUCAACCAGAGUCUACCUCCACUUGUCCUGCCGCCCUCUUAUCAAUAUAGUCAAAAUGGCACAGUCCACAUUAGUGACCUUAAGGAGCCACCAGAUGGAGACAGCGAGUCAUUAGCCUUUGAGUUUGCUUCUUCAGACCUGCAGAGAAACUUCAGACUUUUUCUGGAGCAGCUUGAAAGCCAUAAGUCACAAGAACUUAUUGUCCAUCCCUCUUACUUCUUCAUCAGACAGAGCUCCCCAGAUUGAAUCUCCACUAGGAUUCAACCUGGAAAAGUCUUUCUAAAAGAAAAUGGGACAUUUGAUAUUUGCUACUGUUAUCAAAUUAUGUUAACUAGCAGUUCAACAGGUGUAACUAAUAAAGCGACAUGUGAGCUUUCUUUUGUAGUCGGUAAUAAUACUGAUUACACUCUCAUGUAAAGGUGAGGAAGGCCCUUUGAGCCAUAUCAGCUAAAAUAAGAGCUGUUUACUAUUUAAAUGCAGUGACACGUUUAGUCUCUUUUUGAAUAGCUGUAUUGUUUCUUUUCUUGGUUUUAACAUCCAAACACUUGUUUUAAAAACUUUUCCGGGUUUAUCACUAUUUUCCUCAUUAAUUCAAUCAAGUAAGCUAAAGGCGGUAGUUUUCUGUGAAAAAAAAAACCUAUUGCCAAUAUAAAGUGUCAACGAAUUAAUAUUUCAAAUAGAUUGUUGAGUCCUUUUGUUUCUGUUUGCGCAAUUUUGAAGUUCUUGAAAUGUGAAUAUUUGGCAGUUAAUGCACACUUUAUGUUGUGAAUAAGAUAUGUCACAUGGGUUCCAAUGUAAAUAACAAACUUGUGCCAUUAAGCAACUCAGGUUUUUGUUUUGUUUUUUCUCUUGAGUGUUCUGCUAUAAGUAUGCUGAUGAAGCUAAAAUGUAUAAUUCCAGUGUGUGAGCAGAUCGAAAUCUAAAAUUGAAUGUAUGUUUGAUAUAACUGUAUGUACGCAAAGCUUUCUGUAUGUUUGUAACAUGCCUCUUUUACAUCUUGCAUUCUGGACUGUGACCUUGGUGAACCUCUAUUAGCUUCUUUAUGUAGUUUUUAGAUCGGUCACAAUAAACAAAAAACAAACAGUUCAACUGGAAUUCAAUUUUAUAAUAAUAAUUAAUCUUUCUAGCGUUUUUUGAUUAGUAUUGCAUCUGUGAUUUCAU